AUGGUACAGCCUCUUGGAAAGGGAUCUAGUUUGGUAACAAUGGCCCCUUAUACUCCUUCUAACCCAAACCAGUAUAGUCUUGGGUUAAGGAGGAAAAGUCUAAACAAGAAAAAGAAUAGGAAGCUUAGGUCAAUUGAAGUAAUGCCAGAAGAAGGCAAUAUAGAAGAUUCAGAUAUUCUUGAAAUAUAUAGAGAAAUAAUUACAUGUUUAGGCAGAAAGCCAAAAAUUUCCUCCUUGGGCAAAGGCCAUUUAUUGAUAGAGGUACAGUCACCAUCUGAAAGCAGCAAGUUAAAAGAAAUUGAAACAAUUAGUGGUAACAAGAUUAAAUGUGAGCCUCAUAAAACUUAUAACCAGAGCAGAGGUGUCAUCUUCUCUAAAGCUCUAAUGAAAUUUUCUGAGGACAAAUUAUUAAAAAAGUUUGUUAAAGAUCAAAAUGUUACAGAAGUCAAGAGAAUAAUGAAAAAAGAACAUGGAGUACUCUGUCCACAACCUUUAUUAAUAUUAACAUUUGAUUCCUUGAAACUCCCAGAGAUACUUUCAGUGGCUUGGUAUCAAUUUAAAGUUAGGCCUUAUAUCCCUUCACCCAGGCAAUGUUUUCACUGCCAAAUGUAUGGCCAUGUAAAUACAUCUUGCCGUAGAAAAGCCAAGGGUGAGGUUGAAAUAUGUGUAAACUGUGGACAGGAGUCACAUGGACCAUGUAGCAAUGCUCCUAAAUGUGUGAACUGUGGAGGAGAACAUCCAGCGUCAGAUAAAAAAUGCGAGAGAUAUCUCUUUGAAAAAGAAAUAAUGGCUGUCAAGACCAAGGAACGUAUUAGUUUCUUUGAAGCAAAACAGAAGGUAGCAAGCAGCUUUAACCCAGGAAUUUGCACCUUUGCUGCAGUCACCAAAAGAAGAGAAAUGGAAAAAAAUUCAUUAAAUAAUAACUCAAAUCCUAGAAUUCAAUUGAACAAGAGAUCUCGAAGUGAUGACUGUAUUAUACUUCCUGAUAGUAAAAACCGAAACUCUAGAGGAGACAGCUUUAAGACCCAUCUCAGAUCCAUUGAGUUCUCAAGAGGAACAAAGUUCUUCCACCCUAGAUGGACCUUUGACUCCAUCUCCAACAUCGUCAGAACUGCCAAUGGCAGCCUUACCAUAUACCUCUGA